AUGAAUCAUACUUCCCGCAUAGGCGGCACCUGCGCAGCUCCUGACUGUUAUCACACUAUCUUGUUCAGCUCAACGGCAUUCUGUUCACUGCACCAGUCGCUUGGACAGGCGUCUCCGAUCAAUAAUGACCACGGUGGAGCAAGUCAACUAGGGACAUCUCGACCAUCGGGUAGAGUUUUGACCGCGAGAAGGGGCCGCCAACCGUUCUGGAGGCCUGGCUUGCGGAACUCAGUUAGGUCUCGAGAAGCUUCUCGUGAAUCCCUCAGUACCAGACCUGACACCCAAGCUGAACAACCAAACGUCACGCAAUUGGAAAGCAGAACUACUUCUGCCCAGUCUUUGACACGAAGAGGCGAUGGCGAAGAACGGGAAAAGGACGACGCUUUCCGAGGGCAGAAAGAGGAGGAUACAGUCAGUAACUGGUUGAGCGAAAGGAGUAGCCCGAUAGAUCGGUCUACGAACGCUGCAUUGCAGACAGGGAUGAUCCAAAGUUCGGCAUGGACUGCUAAGAAAGUCACCGCUGCUCGGAUAGAUCUGACAGAUACGUCGAGCUUACUACGAGCCCCCAGAAUAAAUUCUCAACCCGGGGUGGAAAUUUUGACUAGCAUACCACGCGAGCAUCCUGUCACUGAAAGGGUGGUGUCGCCGGUCGCAAAUAAGGAACCGCCUUUACACCCUUCUCGGAAACCAAAGCUGGAUACGAAGAGCAGUGGGCAUGUUCCUCUGUCAUUCUCCUCCAAAAGUUCAACUCCGACAGCAAAAAAGCCACCGGAGAAUCUGCUGAAUAUGUCGAAGCCCGCAUUCGAUAGUGAGCCAAAGCGUUCACAGGGGCGCAGCCCACAAACGACUUUUUCACCCAAAGUCCUCAUAAGGCCAAGUAGGCCAUAUGAAGUUUCCCCGUGGUCGAAACACCCAGAGAAGGCACUGCCGAAGGAGGCAUUGCCCAUGAAGGCUUCGCUAGAAAAGGAACGCCCUUUGCGAGAUAUACUACUGCCCAAAGUGUGCGCCAAAACUGAUAAUGGAGCGAACAAGGCUAGUAAAAGUGACAGUUCGGAUGGAACAACGGCUCAGGCAAUACAAGCAGCACUGUUGUCAUUAAGGACCAAAACAGGCACCGACAAGGAGAAGCCGUUAGCCACUUUUGACCCAGUCGCAUUUGACUCGAUUAUCUACCGACAAUCUGGUUUGCGUCCACCUCCUGGCGUCCGCUUGUCUUCCCGCAUUGUUAAAAACGGGUCAGCGUCACAUAAGAGUGAACGAGUUUAUCUCCCCGUUAAUCCGGCAAUCCAUAAAAUGCAUAAGAGGUCUCAGCAUUGGUACAAACAGAAAUGUGAAGAGAUCAAAAGACGUCCCAGCCGAAAGGCCUGGUUUGGUAAGGUUGAGGCAAGGCUGCGCUGGUUGCGCGCCGAAGAAGAAAGGCUGGAGCAGAGCCGUCAAAAUGCCCAAAAUGACGGAUCUAUACCCCCUUUCGAGCCUCCCAAACCGCGAUGUUUUAAGCAGAUCUUGGAUUUCGGAGACGUGCCUGAAAAGGAACUGCCCGAAGAUGUGCGCAGUGAUCCCGCAUGGUUAAAGGCCUGUGCCUGGCUCCGAAAGUGCGAGGAGCAGGCGACUCAGUACCAGCGUCAAAGGAAUAAAUCUAAAAGGGAAGCAGAGCGCUACUUUAAGAUGAAUUUCGGCGCAGGCUAA